AUGUCAGCUGUCGGGGAGGAAAUCAGACAAGCUGUGUUGCUGGUAUUACCCAGCCUACAGGAGGACAAACUGCAGUCCCUCCUGAACAACUUAGAACUCAUUGGAGAGGAAUCAAGAGGUGACCUGCAGUUCAUUAAAGAGGAGGAUCUCCCGGCCGACAUCACACGUAUCCAGUGUCGGAGGCUUCUGAACGCCUGGCAAACUGAAGACGAAAAAACAUGCGUGACACUGACUACUGUAGAUCCUUCGGACAUAUACUUCAGUACAACUACAGACAAUCCUUCUUCUUCCCAAUCCACCUCCAGCCAUUCAAGCCAUUUAAGCGGUAAUACCUUCAUAGUGACUGUGAAUUUAAGUGCCUGGCCAGAAAACUUCAAUGUUCCUUGGAACAGAAUGUCUCCUGGUAUCAAAACCGCCAUUGCACAGGAGAAAGGGAAAUCUGCUAAGGACCACAGGGAAAUGGUACGGAUUAUCGUUGAUGAAAUGAGGCUGACUGAAUUAAAUCCAUCAAAAUCUCAGUGUCUGACAGUGGCCAAGAUGAUUGUAAAGCAGCAUCCCAGAAGUUUUGCUGAUGGGACUGUAAUUGGUAGUGGCUACGGAUCCCUUUUGACUCAGCUAAAAACCCGAGUAGAACAUGUUAAUCGUGGAAAUGUUCUUAUCAGGCGAAGGGAGCCGAAAAUUCUCUCAAAUCCACCUGCAGACAUAGCUAGAGGACCAGCUGACUUAUAUGGCUGCGUGAGAUGGCAGCCUGACUGUCCACCGGGGGAAACUGUAGAGAGUCUCAAAGAGAAGCAGAGGGAAAUGAUGGACCUUUACUGUGUUGAGGGGCCAGCGGGUGCAGAGAGAGGACAUUUGACUCAGUUAAUGAAAACAACCUACUACCUACAAAGAAAAAACAUCAAUGCCAUCCCACCCCCUUCAAUUACCGAGCUGAAGAAUGACUGGCCAUAUCUUUUCUCACCAAAAGAGCUGUACAGCCACUUCAAAUUACUCACAGACAUUGACAAUGACAUCCUGGAUAAAAUGAACCAGGCUAUGGAAGAAAAGGGGAAGCUGAUUCUUCAGUUUUUCGAGCAGAAGCCAGCAGGGACUAAUGCAGAUGAGGCCGUCUUCGGUGUCUCCUAUGCGCCCUUCGGCCUCCGCGAGCCGCUUAGCAUUGGUGGUGAUAUCUUAUUGGAGGUCCGCAAAACUCUUUUGCACAGCAUGGACAGAGCUAAUCAUCACAGCUAUGCGUCUCUCCACGUUAUCGAGUUUUGCCCCGAACCCAUCAAGGGUGCUUAUCUUGCUGUUAAUCGCGGUGACAGUGGUACGGAGUGA